GCAUCUCAGGCAGGCAACGCGACCAACAUGGCGGCCUCCGUGUGUCAGUGUUACCAGCACAUUGCCAGGAGGAGUUUGGUAUUGCUAACCACACGCCCGUGUUUGUCCACAUAUGACAGAUCUCAUGUCCACAGGAUAUGUGGGUCCAUCACAAGCGCCUCACAGGUCCGGUAUUCUUCGGGAGGAGGUAGAAGGAAAGGCUUUCUGGGCGAGUUUCUGGAUAAUCUGAAGCAGGAGCUGAGCAAGAACAAUGAGAUGAAGGACAACAUCAAGAAAUUUCGGGAGGAGGCCAAAAAGCUGGAAGAAUCGGAGGCUUUGCAGCAAGCGAGGAGGAAAUAUAAAACGAUCGAGUCUGAGACGGUGAAGACGUCCGAGGUGCUGAAGAAGAAGCUGGGGACGCUGUCGGAGACGGUGAAGGAGGGCCUGGAAGAGGUCGGCCGCUCGGAUAUCGGAAAGAAAAUCAAAGAGGGGAUGGAGGAGGCGGCCAAAACGGCCAAGCAGUCGGCGGAGAGCGUGUCCAAGGGCGGAGAGAAGCUGGGAAAGACCGGCGCCUUCCGAGCAAUCUCACAGGGUAUGGAGAGCGUGAAGAAGGAGAUCGGGGACAUCGGGCAUGACGGGCCCUACAGAGCUCCCUCUAGAUUGCGCAAGAGAAGCGAAUUCUCAUCUAAAGCUGCAGAGGCGGAGGCCAAGGUCUUCGAAGCCAACGAGGAUGCGACGGGUAUGGUGCUUCACAGAGACUCCAAGUGGUUUCAGCAGUGGAAGGACUUUAAGGACAAUAAUGUAGUUUUUAACAGAUUCUUCGAGAUGAAGAUGAAAUACGACGAGAGCGACAACGCUUUGAUCAGAGCGUCUCGGGCCGUCACAGACAAGAUGACGGAUCUGAUAGGUGGAUUAUUCUCCAAGACUGAGAUGUCCGAGGUUCUCACUGAGAUCCUGAAGGUGGACCCCAGCUUCGACAAGGACUCGUUUCUCAAACAGUGCGAGAAGGACAUCAUCCCAAACGUCUUAGAGGCCAUGAUCCAAGGAGAGCUCGAAGUCCUCAAGGAUUGGUGCUACGAAGCUACUUACAGCCAGUUGGCGCAUCCCAUUCAGCAGGCCAAAGCCAUGGGACUGCAGUUCAGCUCCAAGAUUCUUGACAUCGACAACGUAGACUUGGCCAUGGGGAAGAUGAUGGAGCAAGGUCCCGUCCUCAUCAUCACCUUCCAGGCUCAGCUGGUCAUGGUGCUCCGUAACCCGAAGGGCGAGGUGGUGGAGGGCGACCCGGAGAAAGUGCUCAGGAUGAUGUACGUCUGGGCCCUGUGUCGAGACCAGGAGGAGUUUAAUCCCUACGCCGCCUGGAGGCUGCUGGACAUCUCGGCUUCCAGCACGGAGCAGGUUCUCUGAGGACCCUCGCCUCGCACGCCUGGCUCAGCCGCGUGGAUCUCGCCCUGAUGUGGGACCGGACUCUCGAUCUCCAUCCUCGCCGGCUGUUUCCGAAACUCAUGCCGGUGGUUCCGUCACUGGACCGAUAGUGAUGUUUCUGACCGGAUGCUCGUGUGACUCUGGACCGAUCGCCGUGCACUUCCACUCGCCGCGACCCAGUACGGAGAGUGAACAUGUGUUAUUGUGUGUGUUUACUGCGCAGGAGGGUCUGUGGUAAAGCAGCGCCACCUUAAAGGAAGAGAUCCGUCAGACGUGCUGAUUGGCUCACGUUCAGUACGACGUGACGUUCUACCGAUCGUUAGCCAUGUUGGCGUCGUUCUGAGCGAGACCCGAAAGACAUUCUCAUGUAGUUAUAAUGACACGUAUUAAUGAAUCCAUUCCCAACUCUAAUAUGAAAUAAAAAGGAAGUGGAAGAAAA